AUACAUCACUACUGUUGUACACACAUAUGAAAAUACAUUUGUGUAAGUCUAUAUAAAUCCACUACAAGUAAAAAUUCUCCACACAUUGUCGUCAUUUAAAAUUACUUUUCUGAACGAGCUAGCUAAAAUGAACUAUUUUGUUGUGUCCAUUUGUUUUUUCCUUUGGUGUGUUGUUCAGAAUAAUUUUGUUCUAAAUGAAAAAAUUAUUCCCAUAAGUCCUGCUAACCGUUCAAAGUUAAAAAAAAUGAUAGACCGUGAUGAGGACUUUAAAAUAAAUAUACACGCCCCCGUGGAGGAUACACAGGAAGUGCUGGAAUCUUUGGAUUCCCUGAUGAGGGUGGAAGAAAUCCAGAGAAAAGUCGACGAAGAAGAGUUCAUGGGCGACAAGCAGAGGCUGUUGAAAGUUCAUAAAAAGAGAAUUCACAUUCCUUGUUCAUCUGCCCCAACUCGAUGCCACCCUCGUGCACUCAGGGAUAUUGUUGCCUCGGCGUUUGAGCCACUCCACGCUUUCCUACCCAACCCGCUGCAACACCUGAUUAUUAAAGAUGUCCACUCGUACUUAAAUGACCAAGAAUGACGGCGUUAUGCCUACAUGUGAGUGAUGGACCUUAAAUAUAGCGAAUAUGUUAGAAGUGACGGAUCUGAAACGGGUGCACAUAUAGCUAUUUGCUUCUAUGCGUAGGUGGAGGGUCAUAGGAGCUAUAAGCAAUCAGAAAUUGCACCCAUGGUGAAAGGCAAAAAAAAAAAAAAAAAAAGAAAAAAAUAGUGUAAACCGAAUUGGGGUGCACAAACUGGGAAGAAUUAAAGGAGAAAAUGUAAUUUAAUGGUUGGUUAUUUUGUUAAAGCGCUCAUGUCCUUUUGUUGUAUGGUACAUUUAAAGGUGCCUUUU